AUGCACGCGACUCAUUCCUCUCAAAAGAUCAAUCGGGACCUUUCUGUUGAUCAUCACUUGCAUACAAGUCAUAGCCAUGGCAGCCAUCACAAACGUUCUUCAUCGAAGGAUAUCAUAAUGUGUUCCGAAGUGGAGGAAGGAACGGCAACUCAUGCAGCAAACAGAAGUAAUAAUGAUGGUAGUAUAUUGUUCAAUGUUGAUAGUCUUGUAAUUCCUCCUUUGAUUGAGAAAGGAGUAACAGCACUCAGUACUCCUCGACGAUUGAAACUUUCACCCAACUCUGUCUAUGUCACUGGUUGCAAUGAUCAUUAUCAACUAGGAACAAUGGAUAAUGAAAAGAGAGAUUCGUUUUGUGAAAUGAUGUGUGGUGUGAAGAGGGUUUCUUCUUUAAAGACUUUGGGCACCACAAAAUCGUCCUCAGUAGACGUGAACAACUGUUUUCUCACUCAGGACGACAAAAUCAAACGUAUCAAAUGUGGACAAGAUUUCACAAUCUUUCUCACACAGAAAAAGCAAGCAUUUGUGCUUGGAUCCAACACGAAUGGUCAGAUUGGACUUCCAAGAGAUAUACAUCACGUGAAAACACCAAUAAGACUCACGUCUUUUGAUGACAUGGGAGUGAGUUUGUCAAGAAGUAGCUCACUCAGUCAAGAUGACACUUCAGGCUCAAGUACUGCUUCUACUGUGCAGUUAGAUGAAUCUGACGAACUACUAAAAUCAUCAAACGCCACUGCUUCCAGCACAGAGUAUGGAGAUGGUUCAAUUGCAAACGUGUAUUGUGGCGCUGAAUUUACCAUUUUCUUGUUGAAGGAUGGAAGAGUAUAUGGCACAGGAUCUAACAUUUCUGGACAAAUUGGAAAACAACUUUCAACUUCUCCUGAAAACAAUGCAAACAUUUUCUUUGAGCCUGUUGCCUUGACUGUGACCACUCCUCCACCAGCUGGCACAGCUACGGCAGUUGUUGCUGCUGCUCGUGCGCCACACAAUGCUGUAGACAGUUUUAGUACUGGCAGUUCAAUCGCUACACCCUCAACAACAAUUGAAUUAUCUGACAUUUCCAAAGUCGCUGUUGGAAGAAAUCACUCCAUAUUCAUAUCCGAAGAUGGACGCGUUUAUGCUUGUGGAUUGAAUGAAAUGGGACAAUUAGGUCUCGGAACCAGAUCCAGAAAUGAGCCAUACAUUCAGCUAGUUCAGGAACUUAGCGAAGUAGAGGUUAGAAAAGCUGCUUGUGGAGCUGAGCAUACCUUGUUUCUUACAACGACAGGUGAUCUUUACAGUACAGGUUCGAAUCAAUUUGGUCAACUCGGUAUUUCAAAACCCCAAGUUCAUUUCAAGCAUAGCCCGGUUUUGGUAUGUCAAACAGAUAGUGAUGUUGCAGAAUUAGAAAACCAAAAUGUUUCGGCCACUAAUAAUACUACUUCUACCACCACUGCUGUACAAAGCAAACAAAGUGUUGAAAAGGCAGCCAUAGACCAAACCAAAGACACAAAGCGUCAAAUCGAUAUUCCAGAAUCUCCAAUGCCUCUUGGAAACAAAUCUUUACUUGGAAAUGUGAAGAAAAUCAAAUGCGGCCUCUACCAUUCGGUAGUUAUGAACAAAAACUUUGACAUCUAUGUUUUUGGAUGUAACAAUGAAGGACAGUUAGGCUUACCAAUGACGUUUCACUCAGCAGAACGAAAAUCCACACUAAUGAGAAACAUUUACACUCCCACAAAAUUGGUGAUCAUGGAAGCUGGUUUGGACUAUGUAGAUCGAAUUCGUUGUGGUUACAAACAUACCACCUUUGUGACACAUCGAUAUGAUGUUUAUCAAUGUGGAAGCAAUGAGCUUGGCCAAUUGGGCUUGCAAGAUGACGAAGAAGCGAUAUAUGUGACCUCUCCCACAAAGGUCUCCAUAAUCAAUGACACCAACAUUCCAAUCAAUGCCACAAGUGGGCCUUAUUCGACCAUUCUCUACACGGGAGACGAUAGCAAACCAAAAUUUUCCAUUGCCAAACAAUUGAAGCAAAAUCAUUCUCCAAGAGACCGAGUAUUUCAAACCAACAUGUAUGCCUUCAUGCCUCUUGUUCGUUUAGUAUCACCCUUCUUAGAAUCCAUGCUGAAAAACUCAGAAUUUAUGGGCAAGCUUGAUUCAAUAGAUCAGCUAUACAUGCAACGAAUGAUUAACACGUGUUAUGAUCGAUCAGAAAUUGCUUUUGUUAGAGAGAUGGAUUGUAGAGCUGUUGUUAAGCUGUUGAGAUGGCUUCAUGAUUAUAAUUCUGUCGAUGAGACUGUAGUACAAUUGAGAAAGAAGCUCUAUGAUCGAUUUGAGGAAACACUCAAAUAUAGCAACAUUUUAGAUAUUUUAGAAAUUAUUGAAAUGAAAUUGGAACAAUGUAAUAAUAAGGAUAAAGGUGUUUUGACUGUAUGCAGAGCGAAAUGCUAUGCCAUACUCCAUGAAUUGAACGGAAAGUUGCUAGAAAACUCAGUGAACAAAACUGAUGAAAUUGAAGCAAUUAUUAACGAUAUUAGAUUUGAACUUUUCCUAAAGCAAGUACCAGAGUGGAAUAAGCGAUCCAAUACCAUUACAUGGAAUGAGGAAAGAAGAAAACAAUCCAGAGCUGGAUUUGACAUUGGUAAUCCUUUACAACUCCUCUAUAAUGAUCCCUUUGGUGACAUGAUUCUCUUUCUUGAUAAGGCACAUACGAAGAAAAUCAAAGCUCACAAAACCAUCCUUAGUUCUGCGAGCCCGUACUUGGCUCAGCGAAUUGAAAAAGAAGAACAACAACAAGCCACUUCACCACGACAAGGUUUCCCCAUGACAUUGGACUUGUCUGAGUCAACCAACUCUGAAAAUAUUGAAAAAGAGCAAGCCAUUAGAAUUGAUGCUUUAGAAUGUGCUAUCAAAUACAUGUAUGACUCGUUGGAUCAUUCCUCCUUACCCACUCAAUUAUUGGUACCCAUUAUGGAAAUUGCAUGGAAAUUCCAAAUGAAAAACCUUCAAGAUUACUGCCUCUCCUCACUGGAUACCAACUUGUGCGUUAAUAACUUUGUAUCCGUUCUCAAAUGGGCCAAUCCUUAUCGAAAUAGUCAACCCUUAAAACCAAUGAUUUCAAAGAUUAUUUCAUUUGGAGCCAAUCAUUGGUCACGCAUCAUUUCACACUUUAAGGAAGAUCAGGACUGGCAAGAUGUAGCUCCAGCAAUGAUUAUUCGGAUUAAUCGACAAUGGAUUCAAAAUCAAGAACGUUUUAGUUCAAGUGCUAGUAGUACCACUAGUUUCGCUACAACAAACAAUUCCUCCUUACACCAUCAUCAUCACCAUCAUCAUCACCACCAUCAUAAUCUUGGUCUUCCUCACCCUGCCAGUCAGUCCUCAAUGAAACGAAAGUAG